GACGAAGAGUUUUUGCAGCUUGCGCUUGAGCCAACUCGACGAGGUAAUUUUUUCACGAUGCACAUCAAUCUGGAUGGUUACGUGGAUUUCCUGCGAAAUGCAAUUGUAUCAAAUAAGACAAUGUUUAUGAUAAGUAUGGAACCACAUGAUCAUCCGCUCCAGAGAUUAGUCGGUUAG